UAACGAAAGAAGUCUCUCUUUUGCACCUUCGUUUUGUGCACUUGAUAUCUUUAAAAACGAUUCAUGCAACAUGUGAACUAAACUUCCUUUUCCACAAUAUACGAAGGGAGAUUAUUAGUUGAUUAUCAUGAAAUUGCCUUCAUCUGAAAGUCGUUUAUCCCUUGAAUUUCCAGCCGAUGCAUCAACAAGCGAACAAUCUACGUAUGAUCAAGAGACUACAUCCCAUUCAACAUCAAGCAAUGGAGAGAUGUUGAUGAAGAGAAACUUUUGGAACUCACCACUUGGACUAAUUAAUCCUACCCUCCUUCGUAUGGUUUUUGCAGAAGCAUUGGGGACUUUUAUGCUAAUGUUUUGUAUAUGUGGGAUAAUGGCAAGCAUGGAAAUAAUGGGAGUGAGGGUGGGGCUUAUGGAAUAUGCAGCCACAGCAGCACUAACAGUAGUCGUUGUAGUCUUCUCUAUAGGCCCUAUUUCUGGGGCUCACAUUAAUCCAGCUGUUACAUUAGCUUUUGCAGCCGUUGGUCAUUUCCCAUGGUCCAAGGUUCCAUUUUAUGUAGUGGCACAAGUGGGAGGUUCUAUAUUGGCUACAUAUACAGGGAAAUUGGUGUAUGGAUUAAAAGCAGAAUUUGUGAUAACAAGACCUCUCCAUGGUUGCACUUCAGCAUUUUUUGUGGAGCUUUUGGCUACUUUCAUUGUUCUCUUCCUAACUGCAUCAUUGACAAAUGAUCCUCAAUCAACAGGGCCAUUGUCCGGAUUUGUUGUUGGAGUGGCCAUUGGACUGGCUGUACUAAUUUCUGGGCCUAUUUCAGGAGGAUCAAUGAACCCAGCCAGAUCUUUAGGACCGGCAAUUGUAUCAUGGAAGUUUGGUGGAUUGUGGAUAUAUGUUGUAGCCCCAGUACUAGGAGCUGUUGCAGGAGUUGUCUUGUAUCGACUUUUACGCCUUCAAGGCUGGUCUUGCAAACCUAAUUCCACUCCAACAACAACUCAUCAACAUAAUCCCCUUUGACUAAAAAUUUUUAGUUUAGUAAUAUUGGUGGAAAUUUUAUACACAAAAGAUAUAGGUUUGAUUCUCAGGGUUCUCUUCCUCUUUGCCUCAUGUAAUAGAAAGUUAUUAAAAUUUUUGUAUACAUACCCUAAUCAAAACAUUCGAAACGACGUGGUUUCUGACAAGCUGUGUUCUUGAAUAGUAACAUAAUUGUACGUUGGUGACCUCAAGAAAGUUGCCCCUAAUGGAAAAGGAAGCGCUGAACAGCUU